AUGCUGGCCAGCGUGGGCGUGUGCGUGCUCGUGCUGGCCUACACGCUGCUGGGGGCCUUCGCCUUCAUGGCGCUCGAGGGCUCCGGCUUCAGCAGCCGGCAGCCAGCGCCGCCCGACCCGGUGACGCGGGCCAGCGCGCCCGCGCACGACGAGCUGCGCACCAAGACCGUGGAGAAGCUGUGGAGCAUCACCGAGGACCUCAACAUCCUGUACAAGGACAACUGGACCCGCCUGGCCGCGCAGGAGGUGCUCCGCUUCCAGGACAUGCUGGUGCAGAACAUCAAGAGCGGCGUGGCGGUCAACGGCGGCGGUGCUGUGGCGGCGGCCGACGGCAAGGACCCCGCCAAGCAGGUCACCAAGUCCGUGACGACGGCCGCCAGCACCUACCAGCACCACGGCAGCCACCGCUGGACCUUCCCGUCGUCCUUCCUCUACUCGCUGACCCUCAUCACCACCAUAGGCUACGGGUCGGUGUCGCCGCGGACCACGUGCGGCCGGCUGGUGUCCAUCUCGUACGCCAUCGUGGGCAUCCCGCUGAUGCUGCUGUACCUGUCCACCACGGGGGAGUCGCUGGCAAGGAGCUUCCGGCAGGCCUACAGCCGCAUGUGCCACAGGCGCGGCGCCUGCCCGGAGAAGAUGCGCAAGCUGAAGCAGGGCCCGGGCAAGGGCAAAGCCAAGGGCAAGGCAAAGCAGUCGUCCAAGUCCAAGGCCAAGGCCAAGCAGGCGGCGGCGGUCAUCUCGAGCGGCAAGGCGCCGGCCGCCACCAGCUCCAUGAAGGCGCACCAGGCCGGACACCUGGGGCUGGCCCUGGGCGCCACGGACGAGCUCACCCUCAAGGCGGACCGCGCCAUGAUCGUGGUGGACUGUGGCGCGGGCGACGGCGUCGGCCUGUCUGGCGGCUCGGGCACCGUUGCGGACACGCCCCCACCGCCGCCGCCUCCGCUGGCCUCCGUCAGGGUGCCCGUGCUGCUGUGCCUGCUGGUGCUGCUGCUGUACGUCGCCGGCGGCGCCUUCCUGUUCCAUUACCUGGAGGGCUGGUCCCUGGUCGAGGGCUCGUACUUCUGCUUCACCACGCUGGGCACCAUCGGCUUCGGCGACCUGAUCCCCGGCCGCAGUGCUGCCGCGCUGCGUCGCGGCUUCCGCGGGGAGGUUCUCUCCGUGCUGGCCGCGUCGGCGUACAUCCUGGUGGGCAUGGCCUUGGUGGCCAUGACGUUCGCGCUGGUGCAGGACGAGUUCGUGGGGCUGAUGCGUCGGCUGGGGCGGCAGUGCUCCAGCGGCAACGUGCAGCCCGCGCGUCCCAAGACCCGCCCCAGCUGCAGCGACUCCGAGUCCAACACGGACCCCCCAGGGGGCUCCCUGUCGGCGGGCGAGAGCCUCCCCAUGGCGGUGGUGUCGUCGUCGUCGUCCUGACACGCGCUUCCGGAGGGGGCGUCCAUCGGCGGCGGCGAGUGGCGGCCGUCACCUCCAGGACCACCGCCUCCGGCGCAGCUUGUCCCCA